AUGUCCAAAGUAUUGACACCUGAAGUUGCGUGGGCGCAGAGGUCCAGCGAGAGCGAUGCUGAGAAGAACUACCUGUUGAUUACUGUUAGUAUUCCAGAUUGCGAGUCUCCUGAGGUUAAGAUUGAAGCUGGUUCUUUGGAUCUGGAGGCGCAAUCUCGUGGACAUGUUGGCGAUGAGCACAAGCACACUUACAAGCUGCACAUUGACUUCUACAAGGACAUUGUUCCGGAGAAGUCUCUACACAAGAUUGCCAAUGGCCAGCACUACUUCCUGAAGUUGUUCAAGAAGGACCUGGAGCUAGAGUACUGGCCACGUUUGACCAAGGAGAAGAUCAAGUACUCCAACAUCAAGACCGAUUUCGACAAGUGGGUUGACGAGGACGAGCAAGAGACCGCCGCUGACACCGGUAUGCCAGGCGACAUGGACUUCAGCCAGUUGAUGGGCGGCAUGGGCGGUGCCGGCAUGGGUGGCAUGGGCGACAUGGGCGGAAUGCCCGGCAUGGGCGGAAUGGGCGGCCCAGGUGGUCCAAGCAUGGAACAACUGCAGAGCAUGCUAAGCCAACAAGGCGGUCUAGGCGGUUUAGGCGGUGAAGAUCUAGGAGACUUCGGUGGAGAAGAUGAGGAUGAGGAAGAGAUCGAGGAGAUCAAGAAAGAUUGA